AUGCUAGGGACGCGCUUCCAAAUCCAGGCUGCACGGGAUCCAGAUAUAGCGUUAAACUCUGUCCGUUUGUAUAAAUUAAGUCAGAACGAUCAUUUUGAAAUUGAGAUUAGAGACGAUGAAGACAAAAUACCUUUCUUAGUCUUGAAAAAAGCGUUGGACAGGGAACUCAAAACCAAACACAGAUUACUUGUUACUGCAGUUGAUGGAGGUAGUCCACAAAGAUCAGGGACUGUCAACGUCACUAUUAAUGUGCUUGAUUCGAAUGAUAACCGUCCGGUUUGUAGUCAAGACACCUAUUCAGUGAGGCUACGGGAAAAUGCCGCACUUGGUACUCUGGUUGCUAGGGUAAAUGCCACUGAUCUAGAUGAGGGUUCAAACGGUGAGUUGGAGUAUACUUUAGGCAGAAACCUAAAGCGUAAAGUAUAUGAUAUUUUUGAACUGGAUAGCUUAACUGGAGAAAUUAAAGUUAAAGGUGAGGUGGACUUCGAGGACACAGCAGUUUAUAAACUAGAUGUACAGGCUUCAGACAAAGGACAACCUCCUUUAACUGUGGAAUGCAGAGCAAUUAUAAAGAUAAUUGAUGUUAAUGAUAACCAACCAGAAGUAGAGGUGACAUCACUGUCCAAUGUGGUUUCAGAAGAUUCAAAACCAGGAACUGUUGUUUCUCUCAUUAGUGUGACGGAUAAAGACUCAGGUAUUAAUGGUAAAGUUUUGUGUAGUAUCUCCAACGAUGUACCGUUUGAGUUAAAACCGUCAUAUGAAGAUAAUAUGUAUUCUUUAGUAACCAAACAGCGUUUAGAUCGAGAGCUAGUGUCUGGUUAUGACAUCACAAUAACAGCCACUGACUGUGGUCAGCCUCCUCUGUCCACAUUCAAAACUCUGAGCAUCCAGAUAUCAGAUGUGAACGAUAACAGUCCAGAAUUCUCCCAAAACCCCCUUGAGCUGUACUUAGUGGAAAAUAACGCCCCUGGUGCAUCCAUAUUCUCUGUACGCGCCACUGAUGAAGACUUAAAUGAAAAUGCUGCGAUUUCAUAUCACAUAGUUAGAGGUGAAGGGACACAGAAUGAUAUGGCAUCAUUCCUUAAUAUCAAUUCUGAUAAUGGAGAUAUUGCCGCGCUAAAAAGCUUUAAUUUCGAAACCCUCAAAUCGUUCAAAUUCCAAGUUGUAGCUACAGACUCUGGUACUCCGUCUCUAAGCAGAAACGUCACAAUAAACGUUUUCAUUUUGGAUCAGAACGACAACGCUCCAGUGAUCUUGUAUCCAGUCAGCGCUAACGGUUCCGCUGAAGGUGUGGAGGAGAUUCCCCGCAAUGUGAAUGCAGGCCAUUUGGUGACUAAAGUGAGUGCCUAUGACGCUGAUAUAGGAUAUAACGGCUGGUUAUUAUUUUCACUGCAAGAAGUUACUGACCACGGUCUCUUUGCUUUGGACCGCUAUACGGGACAGAUAAGGACACUUCGGUCAUUCACAGAGACAGACGAGGCUGAACAUAAACUGGUCAUACUGGUAAAAGACAAUGGGAACGUUUCACUUUCAGCAACAGCUACUGUGAAGAUCAACGUUGUAGAGCCCAAAGAGGCUUUUGCAGCUUCAGAUGUUAAAAGCCCAGUGAAAGACGAGGAAGCGAAUUUCGUUACAUUUUAUUUGAUCAUUACUUUGGGGUCAGUUUCAGCGCUUUUUCUCAUCAGUAUCAUCGUGUUGAUUGUAAUGCAGUGCUCCAAACCUACAGACUAUUCCUCCAAGUAUUUACAAGAUGUGAAUUAUGACGGGACACUGUGCCACAGCAUCCAGUACAGAUCCGGAGAUAAACGGUACAUGUUAGUUGGACCCAGAAUGAGUACAGGUUCUACUAUUGUCCCGGGCAGCAAUGGGAAUACUCUAGUGUUACCCGAACACAGAAGAGCUUCUGGAGAGGUAAGAACUGGUUCUAAGCAUUUCAACAGUUAAUAUGUCCUGUAUGUAAGCAUCUUGUUGGUCAUUUGAUAAUUAAAUUUUUUCUCGGUUCAUUGGAUUGUCUUUACCGUGUGUAAUAGAAAUCAGGUUGUUGGUGCGGUCGCUGUCCACUUCGGUGGUGCUGAAAUACCAGCUCACUUGCUGCAUGUAUCUUCGCUUAAGUGUGUAAGUCCAUCUCCAUCUCUCGCUCCUUUUUUUAAAUGUUCUCAUUCCUUGACUGCUACUACAUAGUUAUGGCAAGGAGAAAACAGACAAUAACUCCAAGUUCAUAUGGUUAUGAAUACCGAAUAACGAACCUCAGGGUGUCAGUGUAAUACUAGGAUAUUGUUUGUAGGUUAGGCCCUGCCCCUCUCUGUGCUGUUUUGUUCCACACAUACGAUAGCGGUGAGGACAUACGAGCAGGACGUGUUCUGUUGGACAGAGAAUUAUUCUCUUUGUUUUCUGUGCUGAAAGAUUGGAUUCAGUAUGGAUCAUAACGAGUUGGUCACCUAAUCAGUAGGAUUGUAUUUUUUUCAUUGAGGAUCCUGUUUUGUUGCGUGUUUAAGGAUGGGAGAUGGAAGACAAAGGCGUAGACGGGAGUACUGGUGGGUUGCUCUGCGUUUCUCUUUGCUGCUGUGCUUCGGGGAGCAGGUUUCAGCACAGAUAAGGUACUCUAUUCCAGAGGAGGUGAAAGAGGGAUCCGUUGUUGGAAAUGUUGCUAAGGAUUUGGGUCUUGACGUCAGUACUUUGAUUGAGAGGCGGUUUCGGAUCGUUUCUGGAUCUGAGGACGCUAUUUUCCAGGUAAAUCAGAACAAUGGCGUCUUGUAUGUUCAUAAGAAUAUCGACAGAGAGGAGCUCUGUGAUGGCAAUAGCGCCUGCUUGAUAAACCUGAAACUCGUUGUUGAAAACCCCUUAGAAGUCCAUUAUGUAGGUUUAGAGAUAACGGAUAUAAAUGACCAUUCACCCAGCUUCUCAGAGAAAGAUAUACAUUUAAAAAUAGCAGAAAAUAAACUUCCAGGUGCUCGUUUUGAACUCCAGACUGCGCGUGAUUUGGAUUCAGGAAUUAAUUCUAUACGUAUUUAUAAAUUAAAUCAAAACGAACAUUUUGAUUUAGAGCUGAGAGAUAGUGGUGAAGGGUAUACAAUCCCCCUUUUAGUCUUACAGAAAGCCUUAGAUAGAGAGCAGAAGACUGAACAUGUAUUACUAUUGACAGCACUGGAUGGGGGGAAUCCGCCUAGAUCAGGUACUGUGAACAUUACUGUCACAGUUCUUGAUACAAAUGACAAUCAACCAGUCUGUAGCCAAGACGUUUACUCAGUGACAUUACAGGAAAAUUCUGAUAUAGGUAGAACUAUACUUACGAUUAACGCGACUGAUGCAGACUAUGGAUCAAAUGGAGAAGUUGAAUAUACUCUCGGUAGGAAUUUAAAGCGGCGAGUUCAUGAAAUCUUCCAAUUAGUUAGCGUUACUGGAGAAAUUCGAGUUAAAGGCCCAGUAGAUUUCGAGGAAAAUGAGGUGUACAGGUUAAAUAUAGAGGCGUCUGAUAAAGGCCAGCCUCCACUGACUGUUGAUUGUCGAGUAAUCAUAAAGAUAAUUGAUGUUAACGAUAAUAUACCAGAUAUUGAUGUAACAUCCCUCUCAAAUACAGUGCCUGAAGACACAAAACCAGGAACUGUUAUUUCUCUUAUUAGUGUAACAGACAAAGACGCAGGUAUCAACGGCAAAGUGAUAUGUAGUAUAUCAGAAGAUGUGCCAUUUGAAUUGAAACCUUCCUUUCAGGAUAAUGUAUAUUCUAUAGUCACAAAGGGGCGCUUAGAUCGAGAACUCGUGUCCCAUUAUGACAUCACAAUAACAGCCACUGACUGUGGUCAGCCUCCUCUGUCCACAUUCAAAACUCUGAGCGUCCAGAUAUCAGAUGUAAACGAUAACACACCAGAAUUCUCCCAAACCCCCCUUGAGCUGUACUUAGUGGAAAAUAACGCCCCUGGUGCAUCCAUAUUCUCUGUAAGCGCCUUUGAUAAAGACUUGAAUGAAAAUGCUGUUAUUUUAUAUCACAUUGUAAGAGGAGAAGGGACACAGAAUGAUAUGGCAUCUUUUCUGAACAUCGAUUCUGAUAAUGGAGAUAUUUCCGCGCUAAAAAGCUUUGACUUUGAAACCCUCAAAAAAUUCAAAUUCCAAGUUGUAGCUACAGACUCUGGAACUCCGUCACUAAGCAGCAGCGUCACAGUGAACGUGUUCAUUCUGGAUCAAAACGACAACGCUCCAGUGAUCUUGUAUCCAGUCAGUGCUAACGGUUCCGCUGAAGGUGUGGAGGAGAUUCCCCGUAAUGUGAACGCAGGCCAUUUGGUGACUAAAGUGAGGGCCUAUGAUGCUGAUAUAGGAUAUAACGGCUGGUUAUUAUUUUCACUGCAGGAAGUUACUGACCACAGUCUCUUUGCUUUGGACCGCUAUACGGGACAGAUAAGGACACUUCGGUCAUUCACAGAGACAGACGAGUCUGAGCAUAAACUCGUCAUACUGGUAAAAGACAAUGGGAACGUUUCACUCUCAGCAACAGCUACUGUGAAGAUCAACGCGGUGGAGUCAAAAGAGGCUUUUGCAGCUUCUGAUGUUAAAAGCUCAGUAAAAGACGAGGAGGAGAACAGCGUUACAUUUUAUUUGAUCAUUACUUUGGGGUCAGUUUCAGCGCUUUUUCUCAUCAGUAUAAUCGUGUUGAUUGUAAUGCAGUGCUCCAAACCCACAGACUAUUCAUCCAAGUAUGUACAAGAUGCAAAUUACGACGGGACACUGUGCCACAGCAUCCAGUACAGAUCUGGAGACAAACGGUACAUGUUAGUUGGACCCAGAAUGAGUAUAGGUUCUACUCUUGUCCCGGGCAGCAAUGGGAAUACUAUAAUGCUACCCGAACAGAGAAGGAGAGCUUCUGGAGAGGUAAGAGCUGUUUCUAUGCAUUUAAGUCUGAAUGAUUAUAGAUUGUGAUUAACUCCUGAGUGGCGCAGUGGUCUAAGGCACUGCAUCGCAGUGCUAACUGUGAUCCUGGUUCGAAUCCAGGCUCUCUCGCAGCCGGCCGCGACCGGGAGACUCAUGGGCGGCGCACAAUUGGUAGGGGAGGGAAUGGCCGGCAUGGAUGUAGCUCAGUUGAUAGAGCAUGGCGUUUGCAACGCCAGGGUUGUGGGUUCGAUUCCCACGUGGGGCCAGUAUUAAAAAAAUAUGUAUUCAAUAACUGUAAGUCGCUCUGGAUAAGAGCGUCUGCUAAAUGACUAUAAUGUAAAUUUGAAUGACUCCAGUGCGUAAGUAAAUAAUUUUUGACUGACGAUGAAGCGGUUGCUGUCCAUCCCGAUCGUGCUGAAUCGAUGCUUAAUGUCUUAUUUGUGUUGUUGGCUGAUAUUCGCGUGUUAAAAAAUAUAUAAAUAUAUAAAUAUAAUUUAGAUAUGCUGAUCUCUCUUUUUUAAUAUGUGACUUGCCAUAACCAGGUCCCAACAAGACUCAUUAUUGUACGUGAUUCCUCUGUCAACAAACGCUUUUUCUGUGCGUAAUGGAGGAGAACUGAACUCGUGGAUGCGGUAGCUGUCCGCCCGUGUGCUCCUUAAUUACAAGUGCAUUGUUUUAUUUGAAAACGUAGUAUCUACUAUCUCAUUCGUCUACAUUUAUGCUUCCCAUAAACAUAUUAGUCUUGUUCCAUAUCACUUUACUCUCUCUCAAACUUUUCUCCAGGAGCAUUGGUGAGCGGCAGGUAGCUUAGUGGGUAAGAGCGUUGUGCCAGAACCCGAAAGGUCGCUGGUUCUAAUCCCCGAGCCAACUAGUUGAAAAAUCUGUCGAUGUACCCUUGAGCAAGGCACUUAACCCUAAUUGCUCCUCUAAGUCGCUCUGGAUAAGAGCGUCUGCUAAAUGACUAAAAUGUAAAUAUAGUGCUGAUACAUUUGCUAAAGCUAAUACAGAGAGGUACAAUCAUUCUAGAGCCUUGUGUACUCGUGGCAAGCAAUAGCUCGGUCCGCAUGGUGUCAGUGUCACACAAGGAGUCUGACUGACUGUCUGGUGUUUUGUAAAUUAGGCCUUGCCCCUCUCUGGGAUGUUUUGUCCCCAAAUGCAGAGAGAGCGGUGAGGACAUCAGAACAGGACGUGCUAUGAUAGUCAGAGAAUAAUUGUAUUAUUUUUCUGUGCUGAAACAUUGCAUUCGUUGUGGAUCAUUAUGAGUUGGUCAUCUGAUCAUUAGGAUUGUAUUAUUUCAUUGAGGAUUGUGCUUACUUUUCUGUCUAACGAUGGGAGAUGGAAGACAAAGGCGCAGAUGGGAGUACUGGUGGGUUGCUCUGCGUUUCUCCCUUCUGCUGUGCUUCGGAGAGCAGGUUUCAGCACAGAUAAGGUACUCUAUUCCAGAGGAGGUGAAAGAGGGAUCCGUUGUUGGAAAUGUUGCUAAGGAUUUGGGUCUUGACGUCAGUACCUUGGUGGAGAGACGGUUUCGUAUUGUUUCUGAAUCUGAUGAAGCUCUUUUCCAGGUAAAUCAGAACAAUGGCGUCUUGUACGUUCGUAAGAAUAUCGAUAGAGAGGAGCUCUGUGAUGGCAAUGGCGUGUGUUCGAUAGACUUAAAAGUCGUUGUUGAAAACCCCUUAGAAGUCCAUUAUGUGGGUGUAGAAAUAACGGAUGUAAAUGACCACUCGCCUAUUUUUGCUGAAAAAUAUCUACAUUUAGACAUAGCAGAAAAUACCCUUUCUGGGACGCGCUUUGAACUCCAGACUGCACGUGAUGCAGAUGUAGGAGUUAAUUCUGUGCGCAUGUACAAGUUAAGUAGUAAUGCUCAUUUUGAAUUGGAGUUAAUUGAUAAUGGAGACGAAGACAAAGUUCCAUUUUUAAUCACAAGGAAGGCCAUUGACAGAGAACAAAAUGCAAAGCAUUCGUUAAUUCUGACAGCUAUAGAUGGAGGCAAUCCCCCAAGAUCAAGUACUUUAAAUGUCACAGUAACUAUUCUUGAUACAAAUGAUAAUCGUCCAAUUUGUGGUAAAGAUCUUUAUACUGUAACAAUCCAGGAAAAUGCACCCAUUGGAACAGCUGUAUUAACCAUAAACGCCACUGAUACAGAUGAGGGACAAAAUGGCGAAAUUGAAUAUGCACUUGGUAGAAACAUUAAGCGCAAAGUUCAUGACAUAUUUAAUUUGAACAGUCUUACUGGUGAAAUUCGUGUUAUAGGUCCAGUAGACUUUGAAGAGAAUGAGUUUUACAAGCUAACAGUGCAAGCCUCUGAUAAAGGACAGCCCCCAUUAUCAGUCGAUUGUAGAGUUGUCAUCACGAUAACGGACAUAAACGAUAAUAAACCAGAAAUAGGGGUGACAUCAUUGUCUACCAUGAUAUCUGAAGAUUCUAAGCCUGGAACGGUCAUAUCUCUAAUUAGUGUAACGGAUAAAGACUCCGGUAACAACGGUAAAGUCCUAUCGAAAAUAUCUGAGAAUAUCCCUUUUGAGUUAAAACCGUCAUUUAAGGAGAAUGUCUAUUCCAUUGUCACAAAGGGGCGUUUAGAUCGAGAACUUUUUUCCCAGUAUGACAUCACAAUAACAGCAACUGAUUUUGGCCGGUCUCCUCUGUCCACAUUCAAAACUCUCAGCGUACAGAUAUCAGAUGUGAACGAUAACAGUCCAGAAUUCACCCAAACCCCUCUUGAGCUGUACUUAGUGGAAAAUAACGCCCCUGGUAGGUCAAUAUUAUCUGUAAGCGCCUCUGAUGAAGACUUAAAUGAAAAUGCCGCGAUUUCAUAUAACAUAGUUAGAGGAGAAGGGACACCGAAUGAUAUGGCUUCUUUUCUGAACAUCAAUUCUGAAAAUGGACAUAUUUCUGCGCUAAAAAGCUUUGACUUUGAAAUCCUCAAAACGUUCCAAUUCCAAGUUGUAGCUACAGACUCUGGAACUCCGUCACUAAGCACUAACGUCACAGUCAACGUGUUCAUUCUGGAUCAGAACGACAACGCUCCAGUGAUCUUGUAUCCAGUCAGCGCUAACGGUUCAGCUGAAGUUGUGGAGCAGAUUCCCCGCAAUGUGAACGCAGGCUAUUUGGUGACUAAAGUGAGAGCCUAUGACGCUGAUAUAGGAUAUAACGGCUGGUUAUUAUUUUCACUGCAGGAAGUUACUGACCACAGUCUCUUUGCUUUGGACCGCUAUACAGGACAGAUAAGGACACUUCGGUCAUUCACAGAGACAGACGAGGCUAAGCAUAAACUGGUCAUACUGGUAAAAGACAAUGGGAACGUUUCACUUUCAGCAACAGCUACUGUGAUUAUCAACGUUGUGGAACCCAAAGAGGCUUUUGCAGCUUCUGAUGUUAAAAGCUCAGUAAAAGACGAGGAGGAGAACAGCGUUACAUUUUAUUUGAUUAUUACUUUGGGGUCAGUUUCAACGCUUUUUCUCAUCAGUAUCAUCGUGUUGAUUGUAAUGCAGUGCUCCAAAACCCCAGACUAUUCCUCCAAAUAUUUACAAGAUGUGAAUUACGACGGGACACUGUGCCACAGCAUCCAGUAUAAAUCCGGAGACAAACGGUACAUGUUAGUUGGACCCAGAAUGAGUAUAGGUUCUACUAUUGUCCCAGGCAGCAAUGGAAAUACUCUAGUGUUACCCGACCACAGGAGGCCUGCAUCUGGAGAGGUAAGAACUGUUUUAAGAGUUGCUCUUUCAAACAUUUACAAGUAUUAUAUGUAGUCUGUUAUUGUUAUUUUUAGUUAUGUUUUUGAUAAAUAGGUCCUACCUUAUCUCAGUACAGAUUAGUCAUUUUUUCAAAUGGCUCCCAUGUAUAUUGGAAUGUUUUGUCCGUGCAUAAUGGGGAAGUUUAUUUGAAGCUAUCCGGAAAAAAUAGCUGUCCACUGCAGUGGUGCUGAAUUCUAGUCUUUCUUUUUUACGUUGGUGAAGUCAUCCACUACCUUAGCCUAAAUAUGUUUGUUACUUUUGCCAUAUACACUUCGGUCUUAACGAGGCGAUAACAUUGUUUUUCCCUUUCAUCCUUUCUCAUUGUUUAGCUGUUACUAAAAGUAUAAGUAGUAGUGUUUUUACAUAUCUUCACAUGGAAUCUCUUAACCGUUAAAUCUUCAUAGGUGUGGUAACCAGAACCUAGGUCCGCCUGGUGUCAGUGUAACACAAGGAGACUGACUGUAUGGUACUUUGUAGAAUAGGCCCUGCCCCUCACUGGGCUGGUUUGUUCGACACAUACAGAGAGAGUGGUGCGGACAUCAGAACAAGACGCGCUAUGCUGAACAGAUUAUUUUGUAAUGUUUUCUUGCUGAAGAAUCAGUUUUAGUAUGGAUCAUAACGAGUUGGCCAUCUGAUCAUAAGGAUUGCAAUUUUGGGAUCGUGUUUGGUUGUUUUUACAAUGGGAGACGGAGGACAAAGGCGCAGAUGGGAGUACUGGUGGGUUAUUCAGAAUGUAUCUUUGCUGCUGUGCUUCGGGGAGAAGGUUUCGGCACAGAUACGGUACUCUAUUCCAGAGGAGGUGAAAGAGGGAUCCAUUGUUGGAAAUGUUGCUAAGGAUUUGGAUCUUGACGUCAGUACUUUGGUGGAGAGACGGUUUCGUAUCGUUUCUGGAUCUGAGGACUCUCUUUUCCAGGUAAAUCAGAACAAUGGCGCCUUGUAUGUUCAUAAAAAUAUCGACAGAGAGGAGCUCUGUGAUGGCAAUAACGCAUGCUUGAUAAACCUCAAAAUCGCUGUCGAAAAUCCACUUGAAAUCCACUAUGUCAGCAUAGAAAUAACGGAUAUAAAUGAUCACUCUCCUAUUUUCCCUGAAAAAGAUCAGUAUCUAGAAAUGCCAGAAAAUACCUUUCCAAGUGCGCGAUUCGAACUCCAGACUGCGCGCGAUGUUGACGUUGGAAUCAAUUCUGUUCAUUUGUAUAAGUUAGGUCAAAAUGCACAUUUUGAAUUACAGUUAAUUGAUAGUGGUGAAGGUGACAAAAUACCAUUUUUAAUUUUGCAGAAGCAAUUGGAUAGAGAGCAAAACACCAAACAUAUGCUAUUACUUACAGCACUAGACGGAGGGAAUCCACCUAAGUCAGGCACCUUGAAUAUCACUGUUACAGUUCUUGAUGUAAAUGACAACCGACCCAUCUGCAGUCAAGACGAAUAUUCAGUAACAUUGCCUGAAAACGCUCUAAAUGGAACUAUUGUCCUCAGAGUAAACGCCACAGAUGCUGACGAUGGCCCAAAUGGAGCAGUGGAAUACACACUUGGAAGAACCAUAAAGCGUAAAAUACAUGACAUCUUUGAAUUAGAUCACGUAACUGGUGAAAUUCAAGUCAAAGGCCAGGUUGAUUUUGAAGUAAAGGAGGUUUACAGGUUAAAUGUACAGGCUUCUGAUAAGGGACAACCUCCAACAAGUGUUGAUUGUAGAGUUAUUAUUAAAAUAGGAGAUGUAAAUGAUAACGAACCAGAAAUAGAUGUGACUUCCCUCUAUAACACAGUGUCCGAAGAUUCUAAACCAGGAACUGUUAUUUCUCUCAUCAGUGUAACAGAUAAAGAUUCCGGUAUUAAUGGUAAAGUCAUUGCUAGUAUAUCUGAAGACAUACCAUUUGAAUUAAAACCAUCAUUUCAGGAGAAUGUGUAUUCUAUCGCCACAAAGGGGCGCUUAGAUCGAGAACUCGUGUCCCAUUAUGACAUCACAAUAACAGCCAUUGACUGUGGUCAGCCUCCUCUGUCCACAUUCAAAACUCUGAGCGUCCAGAUAUCAGAUGUGAACGACAACAGCCCAGAAUUCUCCCCCAAAACCCUUGAGCUGUACUUAGUGGAAAAUAACGUUCCAGGUGCGUCCAUAUUCUCUGUAAGCGCCUCUGAUAAAGACUUGAAUGAAAAUGCUGCGAUUUCAUAUCAUAUAGUUAGAGAAGGGACACAGAAUGAUAUGGCAUCUUUUCUGAACAUCGAUUCUGAUAAUGGACAUAUUUCCGCACUAAAAAGCUUUGACUUUGAAAUCCUCAAAACGUUCCAAUUCCAAGUUGUAGCUACAGACUCUGGAACUCCGUCACUAAGCAGUAACGUCACAGUGAACGUAUUCAUUAUGGAUCAGAACGACAACGCUCCAGUGAUCUUGUAUCCAGUCAGUGCUAACGGUUCCGCUGAAGGUGUGGAGGAGAUUCCCCGUAAUGUGAACGCAGGCCAUUUGGUGACUAAAGUGAGGGCCUAUGACGCUGAUAUAGGAUAUAACGGCUGGUUAUUAUUUUCACUGCAGGAAGUUACUGACCACAGUCUCUUUGCUUUGGACCGCUAUACAGGACAGAUUAGGACACUUCGGUCAUUCACAGAGACAGACGAGUCUGAGCAUAAACUCGUCAUACUGGUAAAAGACAAUGGGAACGUUUCGCUCUCGGCAACAGCUACUGUGAAGAUCAACGUUGUAGAGCCCAAAGAGGCUUUUGCAGCUUCAGAUGUUAAAAGCUCAGUAAAAGACGAGGAAGAGAAUUUCGUUACAUUUUAUUUGAUCAUUACUUUGGGGUCAGUUUCAGCGCUUUUUCUCAUCAGUAUCAUCGUGUUGAUUGUAAUGCAGUGUUCCAAAACCACAGAACAUUCCUCCAAAUAUUUACAAGAUGUGAAUUACGACGGGACACUGUGCCACAGCAUCCAGUACAGAUCCGGGGACAAACGGUACAUGUUAGUUGGACCCAGAAUGAGUACAGGUUCUACUAUAGUUCCGGGCAGCAAUGGGAAUACUCUAGUGCUACCUGAACACAGGAGCAGAGCUUCUGGAGAGGUAAGAACAAUACUUUUUUGUAACUGCAUAGCACUUGCAUAUUUGAUUGUCUUAUUUUGUUUGUAAGUUCCGUCUGAAUUGCAUUUUAUUUUAGUGUGUCUAAUAUCUGGCUUCGGUCGGAGUAUGGUUGUAGCAUUAACAACCGUACUCCUCUCAUAGGUUAUCUCAUUGAAAUCAGCCGCUCAUCACUGCUUUUGUAGGUGAUCGCUGUCCACGACAGUGGUGCUGAAACACUGUACAGUUCAACGUGCUGUUUGACAUGUCACGUAUUUAUGUUUUAGUUUGAGUUGGUGCGAUUGGUGAUGUUGUGCUCAUGGUGUCGCUGCUCUUCAGUGUUAGAAACAUGCAUUUGGUUUAAAUCCCUCCCUGUCUUUGUCGUGUUGGCUCAUUGAAAAUCAUAUAUUUCUAGUGAAACCGGCACUGCCUUUCUGGAACGGAGAAUACCAGCCACAUGAAAGGUUGCUUGGAUAUGUUUGGUGGAUAACCUUGUCAUCUUGAUUUUUCGGUAUAAAACGGAAUGUAACGUUUCCAAAUUAACAGGAAUUUUCAAAAUGGUAGACGGACAGAGAAGAGGGGCGCCUCUCAGGGCGAUGCUGUUGUUUGUCUUUUUGUUGUGCUUUUGCCGUGGAGUUUAUUGUCAAAUUCGCUAUUCUAUCGCGGAGGAGUCGAAAGAAGGUACUUAUGUGGGAGACGUAGCAAAGGAUCUGGGGUUCAGUGUGGAUAAACUGGCGGAACGAAGGUUUCGGAUUGUAUCGGGCUCUAAGGAAGGUCUUUUGCAGAUAAACCAAGACAAUGGCGUGUUGUAUGUGAACAGAAACAUCGACAGGGAGGAGCUGUGUGAGAAAAGCAUUAUGUGCUUGAUAAACCUAAAAACCGUCGCCGAAAAUCCGUUGGAAAUACACUAUGUUGAGGUAGAAAUUACAGAUAUGAAUGAUCAUUCUCCUAAAUUCCCGGAAAAGGUGAAACAUUUGGAAAUAUCCGAGAGCGUUAUGCUCCAGGGGACGCGCUUUCCCCUGGAUGCUGCGCGUGACCCUGAUGUUGGAGCUAACAGUCUCGGUAAGUACACUCUCAGUACAAACGAGAACUUUGAGUUAGAUGUUAAAACUCGCGGCGAGGAUAAAAUCCCUUUUUUGAUAUUGAAAAAGCCGCUAGACAGAGAGCAUAAGCCUGAAAUAUUGUUAACGUUGACAGCGUAUGACGGGGGUAAACCAGAGAGAUCUGGCUCUGUCAAUAUAACCGUAAAAGUUAUCGAUAUGAAUGAUAAUAUUCCCGUUUUCGACCGACAGGUGUAUACAUUAACAUUAGAUGAAAAUGCUCCCUUAGGCACGUCUGUACUGCGGCUGCACGCCACGGAUCUAGAUGAUGGCGCAAACGGACAGGUUAUAUACUCAUUUGAUAAGAGUCUUAAAAACAAAGCGUUCGAUUAUUUCGAGAUAGAUGCAGUUACAGGGGAAAUUACAAUCAAGGGGUUAGUAGACUUUGAAGAGCAGAGUGUAUACGAAAUUGACGUGCAGGCAUCUGACAAGGGCCACGUUACUUUGACUGGUCACUGCAGUGUCGUUAUCAACGUGAAAGAUGUUAAUGACAACGCACCUGAGAUGGACGUAACGUCUCUGUCAGGCCAAGUCCCCGAGGACGCACGACCCGGUACAGCUGUAGCUCUAAUCAGUGUGUCUGACAUGGACUCUGGUGAAAACGGCUUGGUUAUAUGUACAAUCUUGGACAACAUCCCUUUCGAAUUAAAACCGUAUUUUCAGAAAAAUAUGUAUUCUUUGAUUACUAAAAGUGGUUUGGACAGAGAGUUGGAGCCUAUGUACACAGUGACUAUAACUGCUACGGAUAAAGGAGACCCAUCAUUGUCUUCCCACAAAACUAUCACGGUCCAUAUCUCAGACGUUAACGACAACAGCCCUGUCUUUUCCCAGAGUCCAUAUACUUUUUAUGUACCUGAAAACAAUGCUCCAGGCGAGUCUUUGUUUUCAUUGAGUACAUCAGAUAGAGAUCAGGAUGACAACGCUCGUGUGUCUUAUCAUAUUUGGAAAGGCGAUGGAGAUUCUCCUAUUGUAUCUUACCUAAAUAUUAAUUCUGAUGGUAACGUUUACGCGCUAAAGAGCUUUGACUUUGAAACUACCAAAACAUUCCAGUUCCAAGUUGUAGCUACAGACGCUGGAACUCCGUCCCUAAGCCGCAACGUCACAGUGAACGUGUUCAUUCUGGAUCAAAACGACAACGCUCCAGUGAUCUUGUAUCCAGUCAGCGCUAAUGGUUCCGCUGAAGGUGUGGAGGAGAUUCCCCGGAAUGUGAACGCAGGCCAUUUGGUGACUAAAGUGAGAGCCUAUGACGCUGAUAUAGGAUAUAACGGCUGGUUAUUAUUUUCACUGCAGGAAAUUACUGACCACAGUCUCUUUACUUUGGACCGCUAUACAGGACAGAUAAGGACACUUCGGUCAUUCACAGAGACAGACGAGGCUGAGCAUAAACUGGUCAUACUUGUAAAAGACAAUGGGAACGUUUCACUCUCAGCAACAGCUACUGUGAUUAUCAACGUUGUGGAACCCAAAGAGGCUUUUGCAGCUUCUGAUGUUAAAAGCGCAGUAAACUACGAGGAGGAGAACAGUGUUACAUUUUAUUUGAUCAUUACUUUGGGGUCAGUUAUAGUGCUUUUUCUCAUCAGUAUCAUCGUGUUGAUUGUAAUGCAGUGCUCCAAAACCCCAGACUAUUCCUCCAAGUAUUUACAAGAUGUGAAUUACGACGGGACACUGUGCCACAGCAUCCAGUACAGAUCCGGAGACAAACGGUACAUGUUAGUUGGACCCAGAAUGAGUACAGGUUCUACUAUAGUCCCGGGCAGCAAUGGGAAUACUCUAGUGCUACCUGAACACAGGAGGAGAGCUUCUGGAGAGGUAAGAACUUAAAUACGUUUCUAAUUACUAACCAUUUGCUGGUGCUGUCCCUGAGCUUGGAAAUUGCCAAUAUUAUUAUUUCAUAGUGUAUAAAUGUGUCAGAUGUUAUGUUGUCUAGUAAAAGCACUAGCCUAUUGGAUGAAACAUGAUCUCAUAAUAUCGCUCAUCGAAGUAGCUUGCCGGCUCGUUCACAGCCACAUGCUUUCAGGACUGGUCGCUGUCCACGGCUGUGGUGCUUAAACGCUAUAUAAGUUCAAUGAGCUGUCUGUCUUGUGAAGUUUUGCCAUAAUGUGUUGGUGGUGUGCAUGCACCUCAAGUAGCUAUCCUGUUAAUUUAUACAAAUAUUUCUCAAUUUUUAUUUCUGUCGGGGUGGGACACUUGUUGAAUACGUCAGUAAAUGGUGUCCCAGGCUAUUCAUCAUGGUAUGUAGACCCCAGUGAACUGUAUCCUUACUUUCUUAAUCAACACAACUUAUUGAGUAAGGUUUUCGCUUUGAUAUUUACUGUGACAAAAUACCAUGAAUAAUCUUAAACUAUAGUGUAAUGUGAGGUAUAAUCACAUGGUGUCAGUACCCAACUAGAAUAACGCUCCUGUUAGACAUCCUCUUGUCAUACUUUUGAGUCCGCCCCCUUGCUGUUUUCGUAUCAUAUUCAGUCGCUAGAGGAACACAGUAGUGAGCUUCGUGGGGAGAAUACAAUCUCAAAUUUACAUUCUGAAAACACUUUUGGAUAAUGAGCUUUGGCCAUAUUUGUUUAUAUAAUAUAUAGACAACUGUCACCAAUGACGGAAUAGCGGAAGUGCUCUGGAUUACUGUUAUUUAUCUUGAAAACAUGGAACAAAGAGGAUGCGGGGCAUGGUGGGAGCGACGGCAGUGGUUCGUCUUCAUGGUAGUUUUGGUUUUCUGUUGGAGCGGAGGUUCUGCACAGAUAAGAUACUCCAUCUCUGAAGAGCUUAAAGAAGGAGCUGUCGUGGGGAAUAUAGCUAAGGAUUUGGGUGUAGAGCGAAGCACCUUAAAGGAAAGGGGAUUUCGAAUAGUUUCUGGCUCUACCGAGACCCUUUUCCAGGUAAACCAGAAUGACGGAAUAUUGUAUGUGAACCGAAAAAUAGACAUAGAGGAGAUGUGCGAACUCAGCAGCGUGUGUUUAAUUAACCUGAAAACUGUUCUAGAGAACCCGCUGGAGAUCCAUUAUGUUGCGGUUGAGGUGUUAGACGUCAAUGACCAUUCUCCCAGUUUUCCAGAGAAAGAGAAACGGUUAGAGAUUUCAGAAUCUGCAUUACCGGGGGCGCGAUUUCAGCUGCCAGCUGCGCGCGACUUGGAUGGUGGCCAAUUCUCUGUUCAACAAUAUAAACUCAGUCACAAUGAACAUUUCCGUGUUGAGGUCAAAGACCGAGGUGAAGAUGGCAAAAUGCCGUUUUUGGUUUUACAGAAGCCACUAGAUAGAGAAGCUAUAAGAAGCCAUAAAUUACUCCUCACUGCCAUUGAUGGUGGAAAUCCCCCGAGAUUUGGAACUAUUGAAAUAACUGUAGAUGUAUUAGAUGUUAAUGACAACACACCUUUGUUCACCAAAGAUGUGUACUCAGUAAUGUUAAAUGAAAACUCUCCGGUAGGUACAACUGUUAUUCAGGUAAACGCAACUGAUUUAGAUGACGGUGUCAACGGACAUGUAAUAUACUUAUUCGGUAAUGACGUGAAUAGCAAAAUACAGAAACUUUUUGAUUUAGAUGCCAAAACUGGGCAAAUAACGGUUCGAGGGCAAAUCGAUUUUGAGAUAAAAGAUAGCUAUGAGAUUGACAUACAAGCGUCAGAUCAAGGAGUUGCUCCACUAACAACAGACAAAAGUGUGAUCAUAAAGAUAGUUGAUGUCAACGACAAUGAACCCGAAAUAGAGGUGACAUCCUUUUCCAACGCCAUUCCCGAGGAUUCUAGACCCGGAACUACUGUCGCAUUAAUCAGUGUUAAUGAUAUGGACUCUGGUCUCAAUGGGAAAGUGAUCUGCUCUAUAAAUGGUGAGGACGUCCCUUUUAAACUAAUGCCGUCCUUACAGGAUAACAUAUAUUCUGUAGUCACAAAGUCACAACUGGAUAGAGAGAAACAGGCUCAUUAUGACGUUACAAUAUUUGCUAAAGACGAAGGCCAGCCUUCCUUGUCAUCUAUAAAGACUAUCAGCGUUGUUAUAUCAGAUGUGAAUGAUAACAGUCCAGAGUUUUCACAGAGUCCCUAUACUUUCUAUGUCACUGAGAACAACGACCCAGGAGGCUCAGUAUUUUCAGUCAGUUCCUCAGAUCGUGACAUAAAUGAAAACGCAGUUAUUUCAUAUCAUAUUCCGAUAGAAGGUGGUGAGGGGAACAAAUUGGCAUCUUUUCUUAAUAUUAAUUCUGAAAAUGGGAACAUUUUGGCGCUAAAGAGCUUUGACUUUGAAACUUUAAAAACGUUCCAGUUCCAAGUUGUAGCUACAGACUCUGGAACUCCGUCACUAAGCCGCAACGUCACAGUGAACGUGUUCAUUCUGGAUCAGAACGACAACGUUCCAGUGAUCUUGUAUCCAGUCAGCACGAACGGUUCCGCUGAAGGUGUGGAGGAGAUUCCACGCAAUGUGAACGCUGGCCAUUUGGUGACUAAAGUGAGAGCCUAUGACGCUGAUAUAGGAUAUAACGGCUGGUUAUUAUUUUCACUGCAGGAAGUUACUGACCACAGUCUCUUUGCUUUGGACCGCUAUACAGGACAGAUAAGGACACUUCGGUCUUUCACAGAGACAGACGAGGCUGAGCAUAAACUGGUCAUACUGGUCAAAGACAAUGGGAACGUUUCACUCUCAGCAACAGCUACUGUGAAGAUCAACGUUGUAGAGCCCAAAGAGGCUUUUGCAGCUUCAGAUGUUGAAAGCUCAGUAAAAGACGAGGAAGAGAAUUUCGUUACAUUUUAUUUGAUCAUUACUUUGGGGUCAGUUUCAGCGCUUUUUCUCAUCAGUAUCAUCGUGUUGAUUGUAAUGCAGUGCUCCAAAACCCCAGACUAUUCCUCCAAAUAUUUACAAGAUGUGAAUUACGACGGGACACUGUGCCACAGCAUCCAGUACAGAUCCGGAGAUAAACGGUACAUGUUAGUUGGACCCAGAAUGAGUACAGGUUCUACUAUUGUCCCGGGCAGCAAUGGAAAUACUCUAGUGUUACCCGACCACAGAAGAGCUUCUGGAGAGGUAAGGUUGUAAAGUUGUUAUUCAAGUUACACGUUGUGUUUGGUCCUCAUUAACUAUAAAGCCUGUACUGUACAGUGCAUAGAUUCAUUGUCUCAAUAAAAUUAUAUGAACGUAUGUAUUUUGGAACUUGCUUUGCUAUUUAGAGGUUUGUUCAAGUGUAUUCGUUUUAGUUCUGUUAUCUACGACAGUUUGGAGGGAAUUGUAUUGCAUUCGUUUUUUGUAGUUCUUUAAGUGUCCUUUUAAUACCACCAAUUUGCUACAGAAUAUGAUGUGUGGGGCAUCCUAAAUCAAUUAAAGAGUAACUCAAAGUUGUAUCGCCUUAGAGCUGUGUGUUUCUGCAAGGCAGAAUAAUGCACUUGUGAUGUGUCGCUGUCCAUUUGCGUGGUGCUGAAACACUGUUGUUUUGCGGCUCUUCAAAAGAAAAUAUAACAUACAAACUAUGCAAUAUGCUUUAUUUUAUAUUUUUGUAAAUCUCUAUCAAGUUGCUGGUAGAUAAUAUCAGCCUCUAUUAGCCUACACAUAAACCCUACACACAAUUUAAGUUAAUGAUUGCAAUGUGUGGUAGAAUCGCACGGUGUCCGUGCUUUAACUAGAAUUAUGCUCUUGAAAGAAAUCUCCAGGUCAUACCUUUGAGUCCUCCCCUUGGUUGGUUUGUAAUUUCGCUGCUAGCAGACAACAGUCGUGAGCUGCGAGGAGAGAUUUAGAACACAAUUUUUUUAUUUAUUUUAUUUCACCUUUAUUUAACCAGGUAAACCAGUUGAGAACAAGUUCUCAUUUACAACUGCGACCUGGCCAAGAUAAAGCAAAGCAGUGCGAUAAAAACAACAACACAGAGUUACAUAUGGGGUAAAACAAAACAAAGUCAAAAAUACAACAUAAAUAAAUAUAUAUACAGUGUGUGCAAAUGUAGCAAGUUAUGGAGGUAAGGCAAUAAAUAGGCUAUAGUGCAAAAUAAUUACAAUUAGUAUUAACACUGGAAUGAUAGAUGUGCAAGAGAUGAUGUGCAAAUAGAGAUACUGGGGUACAAAUGAGCAAAAUAAAUAAUAAUAUAGGGAUGAGGUAGUUGGGCGGGCUAAUUUCAGAUGGGCUGUGUACAGGUGCAGUGAUCGGUAAGGUGCUCUGACAACUGAUGCUUAAAGUUAGUGAGGGAGAUAAGUGUCUCCAGCUUCAGAGAUUUUUGCAAUUUGUUCCAGUCAUUGGCAGCAGAGAACUGGAAGGAAUGGCGGCCAAAGGAGGUGUUGGCUUUGGGGAUGACCAGUGAGAUAUACCUGCUGGAGCGCAGACUACGGGUGGGUGCUGCUAUGGUGACCAAUGAGCUAAGAUAAGGCGGGGAUUUGCCUAGCAGUGAUUUAUAGAUGGCCUGGAGCCAGUGGGUUUGGCGACGAAUAUGUAGUGAGGACCAGCCAACAAGAGCGUACAGGUCACAGUGGUGGGUAGUAUAUGGGGCUUUGGAGACAAAACGGAUGGCACUGUGAUAGACUACAUCCAAUUUGCUGAGUAGAGUGUUGGAGGCUAUUUUGUAAAUGACAUCGCCGAAGUCAAGGAUCGGUAGGAUAGUCAGUUUUACGAGGGCGUGUUUGGCAGCAUGAGUGAAGGAGGCUUUGUUGCGAAAUAGGAAACCGAUUCUAGAUUUAACUUUGGAUUGGAGAUUCUUAAUGUGAGUCUGGAAGGAGAGUUUACAGUCUAACCAGACACCUAGAUAUUUGUAGUUGUCCACAUACUCUAGGUCAGAUCCGUCGAGAGUAGUGAUUCUAGUCGGGUGGGCGGGUGCAAGCAGCGUUCGGUUGAAGAGCAUGCAUUUAGUUUUACUAGUGUUUAAGAGCAUUUGGAGGCUACUGAAGGAGUGUUGUAUGGCAUUGAAGCUCGUUUGGAGGUUUGUUAACACAGUGUCCAAUGAAGGGCCAGAUGUAUACAAAAUGGUGUCGUCUGCAUAGAGGUGGAUCUGAGAGUCACCAGCAGCAAGAGCGACAUCAUUGAUAUACACAGAGAAAAGAGUCGGCCCAAGAAUUGAACCCUGUGGCACCCCCAUAGAGACUGCCAUAGGUCCAGACAACAGGCCCUUCGAUUUGACACAUUGAACUCUAUCUGAGAAGUAGUUGGUGAACCAGGCGAGGCAGUCAUUUGAGAAACCAAGGCUAUUUAGUCUGCCAAUAAGAAUGCGGUGGUUGACAGAGUCGAAAGCCUUGGCCAGGUACAAUGAAAACGGCUGCACAGUACUGUCUAUUAUCGAUCGCGGUUAUAAUAUCGUUUAGGACCUUGAGCGUGGCUGAAGUGCACCCAUGACCAGCUCGGAAACCGGAUUGCAUAGCGGAGAAGGUACGGUGGGAUUCGAAAUGGUCGGUGAUCUGUUUGUUGACUUGGCUUUCAAAAACGUUUGAAAGGCAGGGCAGGAUGGAUAUGGGUCUGUAACAGUUUGGAUUGAAUGCAACUAAAAUGCUUUUAUUUUUUUUGAAUCAGUGAUCAUAUUUGGGAAUGUGAUGGGCAAGGGUCAUUGAUGAUAGAAGCAUAGUUUGGUGUGCUGUGGAUUAUUGUUGGACUAAAGAUUCUACUAUUGUCCCGGGCAGCAAUGGGAAUACUCUAGUGCUGCCCGAACACAUUAGCAGAACUUCUGGAGAGGUAAGAACUACAUGUUUUGUAACUGCAAAUGUCGUGGAAAAUUAUCACUAUACUUAUGAAAAAUCAAAGUUCUUGCAGAGUUUUUGUAGAAUCAAGAUAUACUUUAUUACAUAGAGCAACAAAAGCCGAGCUGGUCUGCAGAGCAGCUAACUCACAACACUCGGCCCUCAGUUAUAUACAGUCAUUCCUGCUCGUUUGACAUACUUUUAGCUUGAAACCCUCCCAGUUCAGUUUCUCCCCAAUUGUCUCCAAACUUUCAUCUUUUGACCGCACCGCCCACUCUCUUAAUUUAUGAUAGUGGCGAAAUCUGACUUCUCCUCCUAUAUUUAUUUAGUUUGGAUACAAUGGUGGCCAAACCAAACUUUCUCAUGUGAAAAAUAACAGAGCCACCACCUGGCUCUGCUCUGUUCAUUCCAAAACAUAUCAAUCGAUACUGAAAUAUGGUUUAAACAUAGCAGAUCCAUAACCCAUUCCCAACCAUAAUACAUUUUAGACAUUCCUAAUGCAUUGCCUCAUACAUAACAGUAUAAUCAAUCAAGAGCCAUUUCCUGACUCUGGCUCAGACUCCCUCCUUGUGUACCAUUCGGUACCACACUCCACAUCACUUAGUCUUAUUGCCUCAUCCUCCGUACCAUUCUGUACCACACUCUGUAUUUAUAAUUAGCUAUAUUUUAAUCUUUAUAGUCUAGAAAGAUUUACUAUUUUUAACCUAUGGUCUGAUCUUGGGUACCACUCGGUACCAUGGCUCCGUAUGGUCUACUGAAAAAAUACCCACCCCUACUGAGCAAAUACCCAACACAUAGCACUUACAUAGUUCAGUAUCCUAUUCGGUUUGUAAGUUCCGUCUGAUCUGCAUUUUAUUUGAGUAGGUCUAAUAUGUUGUUUUGGUCGGAGUAUGGUUGUGGCAAUAACAACCCUACUCCUCUCACAGGUGGCAUUAACAACCCUACCCUCUCACAGGUUAUCUCAUUGAAAUCAGCCGCGCAUCACUGCUUUUGUAAGUGAUCGCUGUCCACGACAGUGGUGCUGAAACACUGUACAGUUCAACGUGCUGUUUAACAUGUCACAUAUUUAUGUUCGUUGAGUUCUUGCGCGUGGUGAUGUUGUGCGCAUGGUGUCGCUGCUCUUCAGUGUUAGAAACACCUACUUUGUUUAAAUCCCUCCCUCUCUUUGUCGUGUUGGCUCAUUGAAAAUCAUACGGGUCGAGUGAAACGGGCACUGGAUUUCUAGAAGGGAGAAUACCAUCUGCAUGGAAGGUUGCUUGGGUAUGUUUUGUGGAUAACCUUGUCAUCUUUAUUUUUCUUGAUAAAGCGGACUGUAAUGGUUCCAAAAUGA